GGUGUGGGAGGCAGUAGUGUUGUUACUGAGCAACUACUGACUGCAGGGCAGUGAUGGAAAGGCAGGUGACACCUGCCCGUGUCGAUGCCCCUAACUUCCCCUUGUCCCCUUGACUCCAGUGGGCCUCAAAGAAUGUGGUGAGCACAGUGCAGCCCUCAACGGGGAGUAAGCUUUCUCAUGGCAUGUGGGUGGGGAAGCUGUGCCCUCAGUGUCAGUGGCAGCCCUACCAGCCUUGGGAUAGGGGAAGUUCAACAGAUGAAAGAGGAGUACCCUGCGGGGGCAACAGGGUGGAAUAGGACGCCCGGCUUUGGCUGCUCUUUCUGCGCUGGAGAACUCCGGGCCUGCUUGUGUGCGGGGAAGGCGUCCUCUUCCUGUCUGCCUCCUCCCAGCUUCCGCACUUGCGUCCGUGCUUGGUGGGCUGUGGAGGGCAAAGUGCGGUAGAGCUGCUCCCGCUUGUCUGAGGAAGAGAGUCGGAUCUGGGUCCGGCAAAAGCUAGAGGUUCCAGAGAAACCGAUUCCUCAGCACUGGUGGGGCUCCAGCAUUGAAAUCUCCACUAGGUCCCGCAGGGGACGGAGGGCCGCAGGUGGGCAGUCCUGGGACCUGGAGGCGGGAGGCUGGUGUGCAGCCAGUGCGCCGCCCACGGGAGCGGGACAGCCUUCCGGUCCCGGGCCGGCCCUUCCUCCACCGCGCUCUCAGCGAGGGAACGGGUCGGGCUGGGUGCUGGCACGACAAAGACCCAGCGCGGCCAAGGUCACCCGCGACGCGGGGCCCAGGGGUCGGGCUCAGGCUGUCAGCCAGGACCCGCCCCCGCCGGGCUCCUCCCCCGGCGCCGCGGGCCAGGGCGCAGAGGCGGAAGUGGGGGCCACCAAUGAGCGGCGCGAGGCGUCGGGGCGUGUCAAAGGGAGGGCCUUCCCCAAUGGCGUUGGCCCCGGCUGUGGGCGCUGUCCAAUGAGGCCCGCGGGAAGGUAGGGUCAAAGAGAAAGUCCUCCAAUCAGCACGGCAAGCCAUGCUCCCCUGCCAUAGGUGGGGCCGCCAGGCGCGGGGCGGGUCUGAGCGGGCCUCCCCCAAUGGGCGGCGGCAGGUGGGCGUGGCCGCAGCGCGAAGGCCGGCGGCGGGCGGUGGCCGCAGUUCACGGCGCGCGCUGGCUCCGGCGGCCGCUCUGCAGCAUGGCCGGGCUGGGGCGGCCGGGCCCGGGGCCUCGCUCCGCGCUGCCCGCCUGGAAGCGCGAGAUCCUGGAGAGGAAGCGGGCUAAGCUGGCCGCCCUGAGCGGGGUCGCGGGCCCAGCGUCGGCGGCCGGGGCGGGGGCUGAGGCGGGCGCGGCGGGGCCCGCAGGGCCGGCGGCCGAGCGGCUGGUGCUGGCGGACAGCCUGGGCCCGCUGCGCGAGAACCCGUUCAUGCGGCUCGAGUCGGAGCGGCGGCGCGGGGCGCAGCGCGGCGCGGGCGCGGGCGCGGCGGGGGCGCGGCCGGUUCAGCAGCUGCUGGAGCUGUACUGCCGCGUGCCGGGCGUGCGCACCAUCCGCGCCGACAACAUCCUCAUCAUCGAGUCGGCGCCCGACUUCCCGCCCGCCGCCCCCGGCCCCGGCCCCGGCCCCGCCGCCCACAUUCGCGCCGCCGAGGUCCUGGUGUACGAGGCGCCCCCGCCGCCCGGGCGCGUCAGCCGCCUGCUCCAAAAGUUCGACCCGCCGGCCCCGCCGCGCCGCCGGGAGAGCCCGGAGCGCGGUCGGCCCCCCCCGCCGCCGCCCGCCGACCCCGCGGCCGACCCGCGCGUGGGCGAGCGCGCCGCCUGCCUCGAGCCCGAGCGCCGCGGUGCGGGCCCCGGGACCCGGCGCAGCGACUUCCUGCAGAAGACCGGCAGCAACUCUUUCACCGUCCACCCCCGGGGUCUGCAUCGCGCCGCGGUCGCUCGCCCGCCCCUCAAUGGGCCUGCGGCCCCCGAGACCCGGGCCGGCGCUGCCAACGGCCUCGCGGGCUCUGCGCCCGCGCCGGGCGAGUGGAAGCCAAAGGUGGAGUCGGGGGAUCUCCCCGCCUGCCCGCCCCUCAGCCCUAGGACCCCCAGUGCCACUCCAGCCGCGGCCCCGGCCUUGCCCACGCCCAGCCCUGCCAGUGCCACUCCCAGCCAGCGCCAGUGGGUCUCUGCGGCCACCAGCGCCAACGACUCCUUCGAGAUACGACCGGCCUCCAAACCGGACAUGGACGUGAUUCCCACCGGGGACAUUCAAGCCCGGGCUCUGGCCAGCCUCCGUUUGAACUCCCGCAACUCGUUCGUGUUCAUCCCCAAGCACAAGGUCUCUGGGGCCCCUCCUACAGAAAGAAGGUACACUGUGGGCCUGCCGGAGGGAGAGAUUGGCUGGGUCUCCCAGCGUGUGGAGCGUGAAGCCCAGCUGGUGUCAGAAGUGGAUGGCACACCUGGCCAUGGAAGGAGCCCCUUGGGGGUUGAGGAGGGGGGCUGCCCCAGGCCAGCCACUGCCCUCCUGGACCAGGCCAUUAGGUGGCAGAGGGCGUCCUCACCACCCCCAUCCCCACCAGUGGCCACCGAAGCUGAGCCUGCCCAGGGCUUUGGGGUUCCCGGCUUGGCCAAGAAUGGCAGGAAGCAUGGGAGGCCAGGGCUGCCCAUCACCUUCAUCGAUGAGGUGGACUCAGAGAAUGAGGUCUCCCAAGAAGCCAAACUGCCCUGCUCUGGGGCCGGUGCACCUCCCUGGUACCACUCCCGCCCGGCCAGGCCUGGGCACCCGUCAGAGCUCCAGCACCGAGGUGGCAACACUUUCACGGUGGUGCCCAGGAGAAGGCCAGGGGCCCUGCAAGCCAACAGGGAGCCUGUGCCACUGGAGGCAGAGAAAGAGGAGGUGGGUAGCCUCUCAGAGCCCCCUGCUGUCCAGGGAACUGCACUGAAGAAACGCUACCCCACUGUGCAUGAGAUCGAGGUGAUUGGCGGCUACCUGGCCCUGCAGAAGUCUUGCCUCACCAAGGCUGGCUCCUCAAGAAAGAAGAUGAAGAUCUCCUUCAACGACAAGAGCCUGCAGACCACAUUUGAGUACCCUUCCGAGAGCUCUCUGGUGCAGGAGGCGGAAGCUGAGGAGGAGGAGGAGGAAGAGGAGGAAGAAGGGGAGGAGGAGGAAGAGGAGGAGGAAGGGUCAGGCUCAGAGGAGGUGGUGGAGAAGCCUUUUGCACUCUUCCUGCCCCGAGCCACAUUCGUGAACAGCGUGGGGCCCGAGAGCCCUCGGCUGCCGGACAGCAGCUCAGGGCUGUCCAGCUACACUCCAAAGCACACCAUGGCCUUCAGCAAGUGGCAGGAGCAGACACUGGAGCAGGCCCCCAGGGAGGUGGAACCCGCGCUGAAGGAGGUCAUGCUCACCCCCGCCAGUCAGAACGACCUCUCGGACUUCCGCAGCGAGCCAGCCCUCUAUUUCUGACCCCGGCUCUGCCAGGACGGCCAAGGCUGAAACCCAGGAGCUCUGCACCCCUCUUCUGCCCUGCUGGGCUCUGUGCCCCAUAUUGCACCCUCCCUUCUUGGGGCCUCACAGCCAUGCUGGUACUCAGGGCCUGAGCCUGGAGCACCUGGGGCUCCUCUUUCUCUUGGGGCCGUCUGGGUCUUGCUCUCUGGCCCUGGUUUGGGGGCGCUGCCUGUGGAAGAGGGAUGGGGUCCUGGCAGAUGCUUUGCCCAGCAGCUGCCAAGCGUGUCUGAGGUGAAGAGCUGGCCUGGCUGCCUGUCUCCUGCAGGACUCCAAGCCCCCUCAGCCCACACUCCUUAUGGCAGAGCUCAGCCUGCCCCCUUUGUGAUGAAUGGCAAGUCUUUUCUUGCCUCUGAUGAUGGACUCAAUAAACAGCACUGGACGAGC